AACAUGUGACAAUUGGUAGAAUGAAAGGAAAAGAAGGGCAGGACGUUAUCUGAAACGAUACGUACGCCCACCGCUUCCUUAAUUAAAAUCAAAUCCAUCCCCAAUUCAUUCAUUCCUUUUUUUCUUCUCCUCCUUCUCCUUCACACAUGCAAUCCAUCAAACAAACCUCUUCAUAAAUCACAAACUGGUAACAAAUCGGGUGGCCGAGCCGAGUCGAGUCAACAAUGACUCGGCGAUGCUCCCAUUGCAGCAACAAUGGCCACAACUCUCGCACCUGCCCCACUCGCACCACCCCUGGCAUCAAACUCUUCGGUGUCAGACUCACCGAUGGCUCCAUCAUGAAGAAGAGUGCCAGUAUGGGCAACCUAUCCGCUCUUUAUCACCCAUCUUCCCCUGCUGCCGCCCUUUCACCCAACCCCACCUCCCCUGACCCCAUCGACGGUUACCUUUCCGAUGAUCCUGCUCACGCUAAACGUCGCCAAGAUCGCAAAAAAGGUACACCCUGGACAGAGGAGGAGCAUCGGUUGUUCCUACUUGGUCUCCAAAAAUUAGGCAAAGGAGACUGGCGUGGCAUAGCGCGUAAUUACGUCUUAUCCAGAACUCCUACUCAGGUCGCCAGUCAUGCCCAGAAAUACUUCAUUAGACAAUGUAACGCCUCUCGAAGAAAAAGGCGUUCUAGCCUCUUUGACAUGGCUCCAGAUAUGGCUGCAGAAACACCGGAAGAUCAGUUCAUGCUGCCACCAGCAGCCGGUAUGGGCGGUACGGAUCAUUCUGACAACUGUUCGCUUAAACUCUCGUUAAAACCCGAUUCCGAUCAAUGCAUGGAAUCCUCUACAGGUGAAAAACUAAAAGAAAACGUCAAAGAAGAAUCGUCAAAACAACCCGUGAACGAGCUUCCACCUGUAAUACCGGCUUUUUAUCCCGCUUACAUACCCGUCCCAUUCCCGGUGUGGCCAUCAACCAUGGCCCAGUUCGAAUCACCAACUAAUUACAACAGUACCGAACCGGAUGCAUCGCACCAUCGGGUCGUGAAACCAAUCCCAGUUCUCUCGAAAGAACCCAUGAAUUUAGAUGAACUAGUCGGGAUGUCGAAACAGCUUAGCUUGAAAGAUCCUGAGCAGCAACACAACAUCGAGCCGUCACCAUUGUCGUUGAAGUUACUGGCAGAACCCUCAAGGCAGUCGGCGUUUCAUGCUAGUACUCCGGUCAUGGGUGGCGGUAGCUGCGGUGUAAACAAGGGUGGCGACGGUGGUCCGGUGUAAACAUUGAUGGGCUUAAAGGUUGAAAGUGAGGUGAGGUGGUGUGGUUUGUGAUAAUUAAAUGCUUGUUUGGGUUUUACUUGUUCCCUACUGACCUUGCAAUGCAAGUUAAUGACUGGGAUGGCAUGUUAGAUUAGUGUGUUUUUUUUUUUUUAAAUAUAUUUAUAUUCUUUUAUUUUUGUGUAAACGGUCUGAUAGUGAAAAUAAUAUGUAGGUGUUGAUUGUCAAUAAUUACAUCUCUGUUUUUUUUGUAAUAUAAAAGUAUUUUGAUUUGUGUUUA